AUAAAAUUCCGUGAUGAUAUUUGGACAAAAGCUGCUGGCGGUGUUACCCUUGAUAACCACUGUGCUCUCGCAGAGCUCAAGUAGCUAUACCGAUCCUUCAAAUGGGAUUACCUUUCAAGGUUAUUCGGACCCUGUGCAUGGGGUGACCUAUGGCGCCGUAUUCCCCCCUCUUGCAACGUCCGGAUCAAAUCCUACAGAGUUCAUUGGAGAGAUUGUGGCGCCUCUCGCUGCUAAAUGGGUUGGUUUGGCGCUCGCUGGUGCUAUGCUUCAGGAUUUGCUCCUCGUUGCCUGGCCGAACGGUAAUACAAUUGUCAGGUCUACGAGAUACGCUACGGAUUAUGUUCAACCAACGCAAUACGUAGGGCCCACCAUCACAGAUCUUCCUUCCACCACCGUGAAUUCAACCCAUUGGAGAUGGGUCUUUCGGUGCCAGAACUGUACAAGCUGGCAAGGAGGAGGUAGUAUCCCGCAAGCCUCUACAGGUGUCUGGGCUUGGGCGUAUUCUAGCGUCGGUGUUGAUGACCCCUCCGAUCCCCAGAGCACUUUCGACGAGCACACUGACUUCGGUUUCUUUGGCAUGCUCUUCAGCUCUGCACACACGACACAGAGCAACUAUGAUGCUUAUCUAUCUGGUGGUACUGGGACGUCGGUACCAGCCUCAACCUCGACUGCUCCAUCCACAACUUCAAGUUCGGCUCCAACUGUUUCGGCUACACCAUAUGACUACAUCAUCGUAGGGGCUGGACCUGGCGGUAUCAUCGCUGCUGAUCGCAUCUCGCAAGCUGGGAAGAAAGUCCUGUUGCUCGAGCGCGGUGGUCCUUCUACUGCCGAAACUGGUGGGACGUACGAUGCUCCUUGGACCCAAACUGCCAAUUUGACCAAAUUCGAUGUCCCGGGGUUGUUCGAGUCCAUGUUCACAGAUAGCAACCCUUGGUACUGGUGCAAAGAUGUUACUGUAUUUGCUGGAUGCUUGCUCGGGGGAGGGACAUCCGUGAACGGAGCGCUUUACUGGUACCCUGCCGACUUAGAUUUCUCGACGAGCAAUGGCUGGCCAAGUGGAUGGCAAGCACAUCAGACGUACACGGACGCUAUGUCAUCCCGCCUUCCAAGCACGGAUGCGCCGUCAACGGACGGCAAGCGUUACUUGGAACAGUCAUUCGACGUAGCGCAGCAGCUCUUGAAUGGUCAAGGAUAUCGCCAAAUCACCAUCAACAGUGACACAAACUCUAAAGAUCAUGUGUACGGCUAUAGCUCAUACGAUUUCAUUAACGGAAAGCGCGGCGGUCCUGUCGCAACAUACUUCCAAACCGCCAAGGCACGCUCCAACUUUGUGUACAAGCAAUAUGUUAUGGUCUCCAAUGUGGUGCGCAGCGGUUCGCGCAUCACGGGUGUUCAGACGAACGACACCUCGCUCGGCCCAAACGGGAUUAUACCUCUCACAUCCAAUGGGCGUGUCAUCUUAUCUGCAGGCUCCUACGGAACGGCACGCAUCCUGUUCCAGAGCGGAAUCGGCCCGAGCGACAUGCUUGCGGUCGUGCAGAGCAACGCGGCCGCGGCCGCGAACCUCCCGCCGAGCAGCGCCUUCAUCAAUCUACCUGUGGGCAUGAACGUGUCAGAUAACCCAUCAAUCAAUUUGGUGUUUACUCACCCGUCAAUCGACGCGUACAAUAAUUGGGCCAAUGUCUGGAGCAGCCCCCGCGCAGCAGACGCGGCGCAGUAUCUCACAGACCAAUCAGGCGUGUUCGCACAGGCGUCUCCACGAAUGAACUUCUGGCGCGCGUACGGCGGCUCGGACGGCAUCACCCGCUAUAUGCAAGGGACUGUCCGGCCGGGAGCAGCGUCAGUAAAUACGACGCUGCCGUACAAUGCGACUCAGAUUUUCACAAUCACUGUCUACCUGUCGACAGGAAUCACCUCGCGCGGACGCAUAGGAAUCGAUGCAGCACUGCGGGCAUCGCCAAUCGUGCAGCCAUGGCUGGUGGAUCCUGUGGAUCGUGUCAUACUUAUUCAGGCACUCAAUGACGUUGUAUCAAACAUCGGGAGUGUGACAGGUCUGACGCUCAUCACACCAGACGAGCAGAUGACAAUCGAGCAGUACGUUGACGCCUACGACAAGUCUACCAUGGACUCCAACCAUUGGGUCGGUUCCGCCAAGAUUGGUACCAGCGCGUCCAAUGCCGUCGUGGACAGCAAUGUCAAGGUGUUUGGGACGGACAACCUGUUCGUCACAGACGCCUCGAUCGUGCCCUCGCUUCCAAUUGGGAAUCCGCACGGGAUGCUCAUGUCGGCGGUAGAGCAGGCGGUUGCGAAGAUAUUGGCGCUCGCAGGGGGGCCGUGAGGACAGCUCUGCAUGAGAACCCAGGCAGAAGGCAAGGGAGGAGAAGGGCUUCGUAAAACUAAUCAUGCAGGUUGAACUGUCGGCUGCUGUCGGGUAGUUUAGGCAAUGUAAUAUCUCUGGGAUUUAGGUGCGUUAGUGGAACUCAGUACUCAUCCUUCAUGUAUCCAUCAUAUCUUCUCCUCUGCGACAUUGUCCUCUCGAUUAUGGAGUGGUCCUGAAGGCCGAUCUGGACU